AUGGCGGGUGAACAAAUGCAAACGAUCAAGGUCGCCUUGAUUCUCUGUUCGUGCUUCUUUGCUUACGGGACAUAUUGGUCAGACUGGGCAUUCGACUACUACCUCUUGUGGGCUAAUCCUGCUGAGCACCCCAAUGCUGUUUCAAGAGCUACGCUUUACUAUAUCACGCAAACACAAGCACCCAAGAUCCUCAAGUAUAUUCCAUUUGCCAACUUGAUGAUUGCUGCUGUGGGUUUCUCGGCUGGUUUGGCUCAUAUGACAGAUUCCAACCUUCUCUUUGAUGGCGCAUCUCUUGUGUUGAUGCUCUUUGGAUUGUCCACUCACGCAACAUCUGUGCGACCAGGCUUGGACGUGAUUACUUCUACCGAAAAUGAAGACGAAAUCACUUCAUCAUUGAAGAACAUUGCUGCUGCUCAUUUCAUCAUCGUGUUGGCCAUCACUGGCAUCAUCGGUCUGCAAAUCGCACACUACUUUGUGAUGAAGAAGAGCGCCAAACCUGCCUCUGCAAACGCUACCAAGAAGAACCAAUAA